AUGCACCUCCCAUCCCUCACCACCACCACCCUCCUCCCUCUCUCCCUCCUCCUCCUCACCAACCCCCUCCCGGCCAUCGCAAACCCCACCCCCGCCACAUGCGGAACCUGCAAUCCUCUCUCCGGCGAAAACCACUGCGACGUGACCACCUCAUGCAUCAACACCGGCGCCCGAUUCCACUGCGCCUGUCGUGCCGGCUACAAGGCCUCGUACAAUAACUACGACAUCACCCAGCAGUUCCGGUUGAAUGUCCCCGGGUAUCAGUUUUUGGUCUUCACGCCCGAAUAUACCCAGUGUAAUACGUUGUGUGAUAAUCCGUAUGGAGCUAGUCCGCAGCUUUGUUCCGAGGUGAAGCUUUAUGAUCAGUGUGGGGUUUAG